AUAUUGGAUGAAUCUAUGUGUGUGGUUCGUGAGGACAUAUGUGACUGGCUUCAGCGCUAUCUGUUUUCAUCCGUGAAUGCACCCGCAAUCGAAGCUUCGUUUUUGUUAUUUCGCCUCCGUUCGGGUCUCUGGCUGUCGAGACUCGCGUACAAAUUGCAUGAUUCCGUACUUCAACGAGCUCCAAAUACAGUUCACCAACCACCAACAGAUUCAUACGAGUUCCUCCGUGGCGGUGUCUCCAAUCCAAGUUUACGUACCUUAUCCCGAAACACACUACCUCCGUUUCCCCGCACCCUGAUCACCUGCGCGAAAUUACCACUAGGCCCCGGUGACACGUGCUCGUAUCAUGAACCAGAAAGAUCCGAUGCAUCCUCAAAUGCAAGUGCAACGAGUUCACCCGGGCACAACUCAUCUAGAUUGGAGACUUCGGGAUCUAGUGGUUUGAGGGUGGCUGAUCGGUGGGUGGCACGAGACAAUGUAAGCGCGUUCCUACAGUGGUGUAAAGACCUUGGCAUCCCGUCGACAGUCCUAUUCGAGACCACUGGUCUAGUUUCCAAAUACACUAAAUCUGCCUACUUCCUGGUAUCGCCUUUUCUCGUAGUGCAUCGUACGGAAGAGAAAAAUGUCCUACUCACCCUGAUGGAAUUAGCGCGUAUUGCUGGUCGUUUCGGCCUGGACGACCUGCCCGAAUUGGUCCGAAUGGAACGGGAAAUUGAUAUGCUGGAAGCUAAACGCGCACAGACCUCGAUAACCCUAAAUAUCAAAGCCAGUCCAUCAUCGGGAGAUUCGCUUGAUGCAGCUAAUUGCGAAUGUAACAAACACGUGAGCACAAUGAAAGUUCACUUGCGCAAACGGUGUGUGGAUACAGAUUCGGGUUCGGAUGGUGGCUCCAACAAGGUCUUAGCCAGUGGAGAUACUGUGGUAAGCUGUUGUUUUGCAUAG